GGGAAAGGCUGCGGCUUUUGGGACGCGCGUUCUGGGCCUCGGCGGCCGCCGUUGCCGGUGGUGUGGUAGCGGCUGGCCGUACCCUCCGCCAUGAUCGUGGUGCUCCGAGUCCGCCGUGGCUCCUCGCUGCCCGGGAAACUGCGGGAUGCCGUCGCCGCCCGGUACCGGCGGUCGGUCGCCACCGGGAAUUCGAGCACUGGCACGGGGAAGAACAAAUACCGGGAAACGGUGCUGCUGCCCCGCACCGACUUCCCCAUGAGACCGAGCGGCCAGGAGCUGCUGGAAAAAGAGCUGCAGAUCCAGAGGGAAUGUGGGUUUUCAGACCUAUAUUCGUGGCAAAGAAACAGGAAAGGGAAGGAAUUUUGUGUUCACGAUGGCCCACCUUAUGCAAAUGGUGACCCUCACGUUGGUCAUGCCUUAAAUAAAAUAUUGAAGGAUAUCAUUAAUAGGUUUCAGGUGAUGAGAGGCUCCAGAGUUCACUUUGUACCAGGCUGGGAUUGUCAUGGGUUGCCUAUUGAACUUAGAGCUUUGGCAGAAUGUGGUGAAGAAGCGAAAACAUUUUCUCCAAUGGAGAUCAGACAAAAAGCCAGAGAAUUUGCAGAAAGAACAAUUGAGCGUCAACGAGCAGCAUUCAUUCGAUGGGGCGUGAUGGCCGAUUGGGAUAAUUGUUAUUAUACGUUUGACAAAGAGUAUGAAGCUAAACAGUUACAAGUUUUCCACAAAAUGUUUGAUGAGGGGUAUAUUUAUCAAGACUACAAACCUGUAUUUUGGUCUCCUUCUACAAGGACAGCCUUGGCUGAAGCUGAACUUGAAUACAAUCAGCAGCAUGUUAGUCGGUCGGCAUAUGUCAAGUUUCCUCUCAUAAAAGUCCCCCCCAAAUUAGCUUCAGCAUCAGGUAGAGUGUUUGUCACAAAUUUAGGAUUGUUCACUUUAGAAGUUUUGGCUCAGGCUCAGCCUGUUGGUGCAGCUCAUUGA